AUGGAUGAGCUUGUAAAUGCUGCAAGAACAUUAGGUGAAACAGGAAAUUUUGUAGAUGGUUUUAAAAGACUUGUUUCAAAUGUUUUAACAAACACAAAGAAAUUAUUUAGAUAUACCGUACAUAACGGACGGAUUUUCGAACAGAUAGCAACAAACCCUCCGGUUAUGGCUGCGUUGAUGAUGGUUAGAGAUAUAAAACCACGUAACGACGGGAACGAAGAACAUGAACAACAGGAUACUGGUCGGGUUAUUCGAGACAUUAAAAACGUGUAUCCUGAAGUUAUUGAUUUAUUUAGAGGAGUUAAUGAUUCAAUUUCAAAACAUUCUAUAACCCUCGAUGAAGAGAAUAAAUUAACAGAUUAUAUAUUCGUCAUUAUUGCAGAAUUAAUGAAGAGAAUAAAUGAAAAAGGAAUUGGUGAUAUCAUUAAUGUCAGCGAUGUAAUGAUGAAAAGAAAUUUUGACUCAUUAUUUACAAAACCGAAAACAGAAUAUAGUCUUUAUGACGUAAUUACCGAAUUAAUGAAAAAAAUUAAUGAUAAUAAGAGUUCUGGCGGAAGAGUUGAAUUAGAAGUGAAUGAUGUUAAUGAGAAAUUAGCCGAAAAAGCAGAUAAAAACCAUGUUCAUUAUAUAAGUUCAGACGAACAGAUUAUAACGGACUACCAUGGAUAUUUAACACAGGAUGAACAAAUAAGCACUGAAGAUGUUAAUGAAAGAAGAUAUAAAUUCAUUCGUGCUAAAGGUUAUGACAUACACUGUACUGUACAGUAUGACACAGGUAAAGCACCAGAAGCAUUUGGUUAUAACAAUGAAAUUUAUGCUUCAUACUUCUUUGUUAACGGUGUAUUAGUUGAACCAAGAUUUACAUUGAGAGUUAAGGCAAAAAUAACUUUUGAAGAUGCUAUUAAAAGUAAAGCUGACAAAGAUGAACUUGACGCAACGAACAAAGUUUUGAAAUCUCAUAAACACAAUAUCUCCGAUAUAAAUGAACUUCAAGCUACAUUAAAUAGUAAAGCUGACAAGAACCAUACACAUGAAUCCUUCACUACUGUUAGAGCAGACGACAUAAUAUUGAACUAUACCCUUGGUUCAAGUGCACCUUUAGAGAAUCCAAGUACAAGCGUAAAAGAUACACUAAACUCCUUAAAUAGUAAAUGUAUGAACAUUGAAG